AACCCAAUAAGACCCAAACAGGGUUUUUUUUUAUCGGAACAGCGUAACCACCGUCUCGAUCGGAAACAUCAGCGUUACAAUCUUCACCCUCCACACACAGGCUUGUUUUCCUUCCGUUUACCUCCAACGGCGUUCUGUUUCUUUUAAUUUCUUCGACAUCUGAUUCAUAUGGUUAACGGCGCCGUUAGGGUUAGAGCACAGAGUCCUCGUUAAACACAUCAACGAUUGAACUGCUCUGCUCUGCAUUACUUGGUAUUAGUCCAAACAAAAAGAACAAGUGAAGAUGAAAACUAGAAGUAUGUACAAAGCUGAACGAUUGUCUGUGGAUAGAAUCAGCACACUUCCUCAACCCAUAUUAGAAACCAUCCUAUCUCUUUUACCAACCGAAGAGGCUGCAAGGACUAGUAUUCUUUCAAGGGAAUGGAGGUACAAGUGGACCAACAUUCCUAACCUUCGGUUUGAAUUGCAUGCAAGCACUUCCGAGCUAGAGCUAACACCUGACAUAGAAAGUGAAAUGAAAUACAUGGACAUGUAUGAUGUAUACCGGGUUUUGUUGCUACACCAGGGUCCAAUACACCAGCUUACCCUUGUUAUUGAAGAUGAUUACCGGGAACAUUACGACUAUUUUGAACUUGAUCAGAUAAUACUUCAUUUGUCGAGGAACCAUCCUGUCAAGGUACUAGCACUUAAUGGACGUGAUGACACAGAAGACAACGUUUGGUAUAAGUUACCCGAAUCUAUUUUCACAUUGCAUCACUUAACGGACCUCUAUCUUUCUACUUUUGAUAUUGACCAUCCAUCGGUAUUCAAUGGUUUUGGUGGCCUUCGAAAUUUAGACCUGAGUUAUGUAACAAUCUCUACACAAACUCUUCUACAUGUUUUAUCCAAUUGUCCAUCACUUAAGACCUUGAGUCUGGAUAUUUGGGAAUCAGGUGAUACAUGCACUAUAAAUGAGCUACUCAAGUGUUUACCUGUGAUUGAAGAUCUUACUAUGUCUGGUGAUGUCUCUGAGUGGCUAGUUCUAGACUCGGUUCCGCAAGAGCUUCCAACCUCACUAAUCCACCUCAAAUCAUUAUGUUUGAAUCAAAUGUGUCUUACUGGGAGCUUCGGAUCAGCUUUUCUUCUUGCUUUGAUCAAAUGUUCCCCGAACGUGGAGAGAAUGCACCUAGAGAUGGAGUACGAUUUGGACUUCUCCGCCAUAAAGGAUAAAUAUUCAGACUUUUGGUUGGAGCAUCUGAGUGUAUUGGGUAUCUGUUUUGGCAGCACCGAUCUUGAGACGGAAUUUGUAAAGUUUAUAUUGGCAAGGUCACCUAGGCUGAAGAAGGUGAGCAUACUCACUGUGGUUGAUCGGAAGCGAGAGUCUAAGAUGUUAAAAACGCUCUUACGGGCCCCCCGCGCGUCUCCGGGAGCAAGAAUUACCACUUGGAGGGUUCCAAAGCCACCGAGAAGAGUUGCGACCGAAGAGUGUUAGAACUUGACAAGAUUUCACAUUUAAUACUCUUUUAUUAUAAUUAGGCAUGUGUUUGAUAUACAUUCAUGGAAUUAGAUUUGUGAUCUGAAUUCUGUAACAUUGAUACGUAAGUCCUAUCCGGAUUGGGGUGUUGCACUUUAUCAUUACAAUCUUUUAUAGGGUAUUUUCCUACAUUGAAUUA